AUGGUUGGCUUGACGGUCGUGAUCGGCGCGGGAGGCGUCGACUUCGGCUCGGACAACAGCGUCACGUCCGCCACAUUCCUGACCGCCUCCGACGUCGCUGCCAAUGUGUCACACCCGAAAUCGCCAUGGUACCAGCGCAGCGACAAGUUCGAUGAGACCGUGGGAAGGGACCGAGGAGUCGUGACUUGCAUGCACGACGGGGUGCUGCCCUUGGGGCUGUCCCUCGUGCGUGAGCUGCGCUGCCUCGGCAACCGUGAGCUCAUCCAGGUGUACCAUUGCGGCCAGGAGGAGCUGUCCAACGCGUCCAAGACUAUGCUGCUUGGAGCGGACGACCGACUGGAGCUGGUGGACGUGUGCUCGGACCUGGUGCAGCGUGGCGUGCUCAAGGCCGAGAUGGCCAAGCAGUUCCGGAGCUGGUGGAUCAAACCCCUCGCCAUGUAUCACACGGACGUGCGUCACGUGAUGCUGCUGGACGUGGACGACAUUUUCGUCAAGAACCCCGCUGUCCUCCGCGACUUGGAAGGCUACACGAGCACGGGCACGACGUUCUUCUACGACCGCGUGCGCUUCAACAUUUCGGGAGAAGCCAAACCAUCCGCCACCGCGUUGAAGUCGUUCGCGUACAACAACAACACGUGCCAUGAGAUGGACUCGUCGCUGGUUUUAGUGGACAAGGAGCGUGUGGGUCAGGCUGCGAUGGACGUUAUGCUCUGGUUCAUCACGGAGGAGCGCUUCCGCUACCAGUUCUCGUUCGGUGACAAGGUACGCUGCUUAUCUACGGAUUCACUUGAGGUUACUACGUGGAGAUUGACUCUAUUGUGGCUUUGUAUUUGUAGGAAACGUUCUGGUUGA